AAUAUCAACAUAUUUUUCAAAAUAUACACCCGCGCGCCUGCGCGGGUCAAAAUCUAGUUAGUGUUAAAUUUGAUGUUGUGGUUGUAGAAAAGCUUAUAUUUAGUAUUGAAACUACAUUAAAAUAGUUGUUUUGAUACUAAAGUAGUGUUAUGAAUUAGAGAUUGAUAUAUUAUUAUUACCAAGACAAAUCUAGAUCCUUGGUAAGUGGACUGACUUCAAAUUCUAUUGGUCCCUACAGUUGACUUCAAUUAAUACUGUCCAUAUAUUGACAAUUAAUAUGGCUUAAGAGUCGUCGUCAUAGUCACAUCUUAAUAUCUUAUCGUCUGCGUACGUAUACGUAUCUGUUUUUCCUGUCACCACCGUAUGCAUGUAUACUCUAUCGUAUAACACAUGAUCUCUUAUUAUUGCUUAUACCAUCACGCAAUAAUAUAUCUACAAAUAUAUUAGUUAUGGAUGAUAACUUGCUACACAUGAUUUCUUUUCUUUCUGUAUUCUUUGAUAUAUUUUUAUUUUUUCCCCAUUAUUGUUUGUUUUGUUUUUCAGUUUUGAAAUGAAAGGUCAAAGUAUACAGCUACUGGCCAACAAGUGACCAGCUAACAAAACUCAUCGAUUGAUUUUCAGGAAAUGGGAUCGGAACAUGGUGACGAUGGGCUUCGUCGGCGAGGCUGUUCAUGCACAAAAGAUGAUUUUCUCCCGGAGGAAUCGUUCAAAAGCAUGGGGAACUACUUUAAAGCCCUUAAAGAAACACCGAGUCGGUUCAUAGACCGUGUAAUGACUCGGUCUGACGACUCGGCGGAGAUUCACGACAUGAAGGCGCGUAGUGGUAACGAGAUGAAGAAAACGUUGACGUGGUGGGAUCUUAUGUGGUUUGGAGUCGGUGCAGUUAUCGGCUCGGGAAUAUUCGUUCUCACCGGACAGCAAGCAAGGGGUGAGUCCGGUCCAGCCGUUGUGUUGUCCUUCGUUGUAUCAGGUGUCUCCGCCAUGCUCUCCGUGUUUUGUUACACCGAGUUCGCCGUUGAGAUUCCUGUCGCAGGCGGUUCUUUCGCCUACUUGAGAGUGGAGCUCGGCGACUUCAUGGCUUUCAUCGCCGCUGGAAAUAUAAUCCUCGAAUACGUAGUCGGUGGAGCAGCUGUGGCUCGGUCAUGGACCUCUUACUUCGCCACUCUCUUAAACCACAAACCUGAAGACUUCCGCAUAAUAGCUCACAGUCUCAACGAAGACUAUAGCCACUUAGACCCAAUAGCCGUCGGCGUUUGCGCGAUCAUUUGCGUUUUAGCCGUUGUUGGCACAAAAGGCUCAUCAGUCUUCAACUACAUCGCUUCUAUGAUCCAUAUGGUCGUCAUUGCGUUCGUGAUCAUCGCUGGUUUAACUAGAGCUGACCUCAAAAACUAUUCGGACUUCGCUCCCUUUGGAGUUAGAGGAGUGUUUAAAUCCGCCUCGGUUCUUUUCUUUGCGUAUAUUGGAUUCGAUGCCGUGUCAACAAUGGCUGAGGAGACAAAGAACCCUGGGAGAGAUAUCCCCAUUGGUCUUGUCGGCUCAAUGGUGGUUACCACGGUUUGUUAUUGUCUCAUGGCGGUUACGUUGUGUCUCAUGCAACCGUAUAGUCAGAUUGAUCCUGACGCGCCGUUUUCUGUCGCGUUCUCUGCGGUUGGAUGGGAUUGGGCUAAGUACAUUGUUGCGUUUGGUGCUCUUAAAGGUAUGACAACCGUUUUGUUAGUUGGAGCCAUAGGUCAAGCUAGGUACAUGACGCACAUAGCCCGUGCCCACAUGAUGCCACCAUGGCUAGCUCAUGUCAACGCAAAGACAGGAACACCGAUCAACGCGACAGUGGUCAUGCUUGCCGCGACAGCUCUCAUCGCAUUCUUCACAAAACUUGAAAUAUUAGCCGAUCUUUUAUCGGUUUCCACACUUUUCAUCUUCAUGUUCGUCGCGGUGGCUCUUCUUGUGAGGAGAUAUUACGUCACGGGAGAAACAUCUUCACGUGACCGGAACAAGUUCUUGAUGUUCUUAGGUUCGAUUCUUGCAUCCUCGAUCGCCACUGCUGUGUAUUGGGCUAUGGAAAAAGACGGCUGGAUUGUAUAUGCCGUUACGGUUCCUAUUUGGUUCUUGUCUACCGUUGGGAUGAAGAUUCUUGUACCGCAAGCUAGGGCUCCGAAGCUAUGGGGUGUUCCUUUGGUUCCGUGGUUGCCUUCUGCUUCGAUAGCUAUUAAUAUAUUUCUUCUUGGUUCGAUCGAUGAAAAAUCGUUCGUUAGGUUUGGGAUAUGGACUGGUGUUCUUCUUGUCUACUACUUCUUGUUUGGGUUGCACGCAACUUACGAUACGGCGAAGGCGACGCUAAAGGAGAAGUCGGCGUUGAAGAAUGCUGAGGAAGGUAGUGUUGCUGCAGAUAAAUGUGGUCGGGCAGCUUUAUAGAUCAUUAGUUAGCUGGUUUUAAUAAUUGCUACAAAGAUUGUAUUAUGCUAGUUGUUGGAUUCUUUUGGUGUGGGUUUUGAAAGUUCAAGUAAUGCUUCAAAAACAAGAGAAGGGUUAAAGCUUUUGUAUGUGAUUAAACAAGAAAGAGUUCAAGCAUUACGCUUUUAUACAGACUUGGCAAAAAUAACAUGUUCUUAUUAUUA